AAGGAGAAGGAGAAGGAAAAGGCCGAAGCUGACGCUAAGGCUGUAGAUUUGAAGGCCGCGCGCCUACAUCAGAAGGAGCAGGAGGCCAACGACAUCUUUAAUGAUGAAUUGGCCGAUAUCGCCAAACAGAGGCUCGAUAUCCAGAGCCAGAGGAUCGCAGCAGCCAGAGCUGAGGCCAAGGCUAAUGGUUGCCCGGAAGAUGACUGGGAGGAAUUCAUGGUGUAUGAUGACAGUGAGGCCAUCAUCACUAUGGAUUCGUCUAUUCCAAUCCGGCAUGACUUUGGCGUCAACGCCGUCACCUGGGCGGGCCCUAUGCGACCCAGCCAAGAGUACCUGGAAGAUAUCUGGGAUGACCUCCACCUCAGAAAGUAUGAGGGCGGGCCAAUCAUUGAUCCUUUCGAGAUUGCCCUGCCAAAGUGGAUGGACUUCCACGACCUUGUUCUUGGCAACGAUGGGUCUGUCUUCGACAUGAUCGAAGGCGAAGGCCUCAUUGACACAGACAUCGUGAUCAGUUGGUCGAUGGGCGAUCAUGGCCCUGCCAGUCUGGUCGUCGGUCCGAAGCUGACGAAGGCAUUCGACAGCAAGGACAAGAAUCAAUGGCUGCGUGUGCUAAACACCUGGAUGAAGGUGGCCGAGUGGGUUGCGGGUGUCUACGAGGGGCACACCCAUCGGCUAGCCGACUUCUUGCGUUACCGCCAACAGCAGGAGAUGAUGGGAGUCUCCUUCAUGCCACUUGAUCAAGUUGUCCCACUUCUCGUGAGGUUGUGGAACAAGAUCUUGUUUGAUGAGGAGGGGACCGCCGGCGAAGCCAAGUUCAACAGGGAACAGUUGGACUUGUGGAUUCCUCAGAUUCAUGCCAUCCUAUCGCAGGAGUAUGAAUACGCUACCAAGAUUGCUAGGGUCUGGGUAUUCCGGGAUGGUACCAAGUUCCUGCGACGUCUGCGAGCCAUCGAGUAUGCUUGGGCUUUGUAUCAGCCAAUCCAAGCUUAUGACUGGGCCCGCAAGGUCGAGGAUGAAAUUUACAGCCUCACCAACUAG